GCUUCCUCAGUUGAUACUGAACGAGCUUUCUCUGGUGGCCGUCUGCAAGUCAACCAUCUUCAACACGGUAUCAGCUCCCAGACCUUCAAAGCGCAGGUUGCCGUUGGAUCGUGGUUUAACACACCUCUCAUACCUGAUCUCGGCGCCGCCACAAGUAUCAUGCGGCAGAAGAUG